AUGUCAAAGCCAGUACACAGCAAAAAUGAAAUACUGAGGUCCAACACUGGUUUGACCAUCAAUCCAUCCAAAGCCUAUUCACGCUCAGAAACAAGAUAUAAACUGACAGGACUUACUAUAUUUCAAGGAGGACUUUUCAGGCAAAGUCAAGCAAUCAAGAACAGGUUUCCAUCCAGGGCCACAGGUACACCAAGACUCGAGGAGCAUAUGCUCAUUGUCUUUUGUAUGCUUCUAGUGCCUUCCGUCCAGGUCAAGCAUCAGGGAUCCGAUCAGAGUCCACGGUUAUCAGUAUCCAUUCCAUCCAGGUCAAGCUUCAAGGUUCACGUCAAGGUCCACGGUUUUCAGAUCGAGGUCCACGGUUUCAGUAUCCAUUCCGUCCAGGUCAAGCAUCAGGGAUCCGAUCAGAGUCCACGGUUAUCAGUAUCCAUUCCAUCCAGGUCAAGCUUCAAGGUUCAGGUCAAGGUCCACGGUUUUCAGAUCAAGUUCCACGGUUUCAGGUAUAUCAAAACUCGAUGGGCAGUUACUCACUUGUUUUUGUAUAUUUCUAGUGUCCAUUCCAUCCAGGUCAAGCUUCAAGGUUCAAGUCAAGGUCCACCGUAUCAGGGCAAGCUUCAAGGUUCAGGUCAAGGUCAGCGGGUUCAGGUCGAGGUCCACGGUUUCAGGUCAAGCUUCAAGGUCCAGGUCAAGGUCCACGGUUAUCAGGUCAAGCUUCAAGGUUCACGUCAAGGUCAGCGGGUUCAGGUCGAGGUCCACGGUUUCAGUAUCCAUUCCAUCCAGGUCAAGCUUCAAGGUCCAGGUCAAGGUCCACGGUUUUCAGGUAUAUCAAAACUCGAUGAGCAGUUACUCACUUGUUUUUGUAUAUUUCUAGUAUCCAUUCCAUCCAGGUCAAGCUUCAAGGUCCAGGUCAAGGUCCACGGUUUCAGGUAUAUCAAAACUCGAUGGGCAGUUACUCACUUGUUUUUGUAUAUUUCUAGUGUCCAUUCCAUCCAGGUCAAGCUUCAAGGUUCAGGUCAAGGUCCACGGUUUUCAGAUCAAGUUCCACGGUUUCAGUAUCCAUUCCGUCCAGGUCAAGCUUCAAGGUUCAGGUCAAGGUCCACGGUUUUCAGAUCAAGUUCCACGGUUUCAGUGUCCAUUCCAUCCAGGUCAAGCUUCAAGGUUCAGGUCAAGGUCCACGGUUUUCAGAUCAAGUUCCACGGUUUCAGGUAUAUCAAAACUCGAUGGGCAGUUACUCACUUGUUUUUGUAUAUUUCUAGUGUCCAUUCCAUCCAGGUCAAGCUUCAAGGUUCAGGUCAAGGUCCACGGUUUUCAGAUCAAGGUCCACGGUUUUCAGUAUCCAUUCCAUCCAGGUCAAGCUUCAAGGUUCAGGUCAAGGUCCACGGUUUUCAGAUCAAGGUCCACGGUUUUCAGGUCAAGCUUCAAGGUUCAGGUCAAGGUCCACGGUUUUCAGGUAUAUCAAAACUCGAUGAGCAGUUACUCACUUGUUUUUGUAUAUUUCUAGUAUCCAUUCCAUCCAGGUCAAGCUUCAAGGUUCAAGUCAAGGUCCACCGUUUCAG